GGAGCAAAACAAACCGGCAUGUAAACAAACCCACCUGCGACCCUCAGCCUCCUCGCCCUCCUUCUCCUCCUCCUCCUCGCUCGCUCUCGCGUUAUUUCUCUCCCCUCUCUUAGGUAGGGGGAGGUCUAGGGGGAGGGGACUCGUUUCAUCAAUGCCCCCUCGGUCGCGAUUUCAGGUGGUAUUUGCUUUUGGCAUCCUCAAGCGCAGGUCCCGUGAGCCAUGGCAGUGGGCAUGAAGUUGGUCCUCUCGGGGCUGCUCUGUGCCCUGCUCCUUGGGGGCGGCUAUGACUUCUUGUUCAACCUCGAGGUCAACAAGUGCAGGAUGACCUACAUGUACGAGUAUCCGCAUUUCAUUCCACUGAGGCUUCCUACAGAGGUAAGAAAAAAGUUCCCGCACUACAGCUUAAUCGUGUACGGUGAAGGCAACUACUCGGAAACGCUGAAAAAAGGGAAAUUUUCUGGCGUUCCUGUGUUAUUUAUCCCGGGGAAUGGAGGAUCCCACAAGCAAGUAAGAUCUUUAGCAUCAGUGGCCUAUAGAAAGGCAAUGGACCACGAUACUAAGUUCCAUUUCAACUUCUUUGCUGUGAACAUCAAUGAGGAGCUAGGUGCGUUGUAUGGGCCAGUGCUGGAGCGGCAGACAGAGUUUGUCACCUUCUCCAUACAGCACAUCUUGAAACUCUAUGAAGACUCUCCAAGAAAGCCCAAGUCCGUUGUGCUAAUCGGUCACUCCAUGGGAGGGAUGGUGGCAAGAGCAGCACACGUCACAAAGAACGUCUCCACAUCCACCGCUCCACUCAUCAUUACACAGGCAACUCCACACACGAGGCCUGUCAUUGUCACUGAUCCUUCGAUUGAGGAUUUCUAUGACAAGGUAAACUCCUACUGGACAAUGGAGCGCAUGUUUGACCUGAAGGACUUGGUGUUAGUGACUGUAGGAGGUGGCAGGAACGAUGUGCAGGUCUCCACAGCCCACAUAAAUACCCCGUUGGCAGACAUUGCUACAACUACGAGAAAUAUCCCAUCCUGUUGGCUAACAGCAGAUCACCAGGCUAUUGUUUGGUGCCACCAGCUGGUCAUGCCGAUAAUGAGGUCAUUGUUCGACAUUGUUGAUCCCAAGACUCUCCAGAUCACUACAGACAGACAGAGGAUCAUAAAUGUAUUUGAUUAUCAUCUGUCCAAGAGAAUCACAGGCAAGCGCUACAAAGGGACGUGGCACUCCCCAACCAUAGAGUUUGAUAUAGAGGCCGACUGGAAGGAGAUCCUGAGGCGGCAGCACACCCACACGGCCCAGGAAAACCCACGGCCCACGUACCUCAUGAUCCCCCUACACCCAGGCCACCAUCUCUACCAGAAAGCCAUGAUUGUGGCCACCAAUCUAGACAAAAAGGACUGGAUCAUGGCCUGCCAGGCUAAUCAUGUACAUAAGAACACUAGGAUGUGUCUGAACGGGGAAAACUUAUCACACAUGACCAGGCGUUUGCUCGGGAAAGUCAAGGCAGUUGAACUGGACCUCACAACACUGAGUAAUGCUGGUCACUCACAUGUCAUAGUGUAUCUUCCUCCAACUGAUGAAAAGGUGGAAGUGUCAGUAGAUGUCCAUGGAGAAGGUGGCAGGCAGAAAGACUUUGAGGUCCCGGCUUUCAUCAAGUCCUUUACACAGACGUUGAUUGUGGACACAACGCCGCAACGAGCUCUGUCCUAUAAUGUGUCCCUUCAAGGGCUGCAUGAACCUUGGCAGUCCUUCAAGUUCACACUUCGUCCUCGAUCAGCAUCUUGCGUGAAUCACAGCGUAAUUCAAGCAAAGAUCUUUGUGCCCUGGGCUCAGAAGGAGUCUGUUUUACAGAACAGUGAUCCUGUGAAGUCAUUCUACGCAGAAGUAGAUGUCUUACCCCCAGCAGAUCGGAACUUCUCAUCGGCAAGCAUCCAGUUCGUCCUUGACCCUGACUGCAGCUAUUCCAUUGUAGUUCAAGGCAACCUUUUGGGAAUUUUCCGUCGCAUCGUUUCACAGUUUGGGCAACAAGUGCCGACUUACAUUGCAGUUCACUUGCUUCUUACACUAGCCAGACAACUACAGACACUUGGGGAUGAAGGUUAUUGCCCUACACUGUUCUCAGCCAUGCUAACUCUCACUCCUCUGGCAGUUAUUCCCUUUGUCAAGGUCAUGAACAUGGUGCUGAAGAACAUUGAUGUGUACGACGACUUCAGCAUCAUGGAAGAGAGUGGACAGCAGCUGGCAGUCCUCCCGAUCCUUUUCUUCCUGGGAACCCUACCUCUCUCUCUGGCACUUGGGAGUCUGGCUUGGGGAUUCAUCCUGUUCUUUGGAAACAGUGCUCAUUUUGUUGUCACCAAAGUAUUGGGACGUAGCUUAGGAGGAGGUGAUAUGAUUGCAGAUUUGGCAAUGUCGGGAUUGUCGCGAGUGCCCGUGUUGCUAGGCGUGGCUCUCAUCUCCUUGGCUUAUUCUACUUGCGGGACUUUGGCACUAUGUCUGGCCGGCUUUUUUUAUUUCAUCAAGGUGUUUAAGCUGUACGAAGACUUCAUCGAGAAGAUUGUCGUGGGGCUGAUUCCAGGCACAUCUGAGAACAGGUCGAAGACAGACAAGGCCCUCUCACAGCUUAAUUUCCACAUGACUCUCAUGAUGAUGAUCUUCCUUGUGAGUGCUCUCAAUGCUCCCGCUUUCAUUGUGUGGGGCAAGCUGCUAAGUCAUAACCUACAAUUGGUGCAAGAUCCAAGCCUUUUUGUAGCAGUGACUGUCUUGAUAGGCCUCUGCUUCCUCUGGCAAAAGAAAGUUCCACAGUGUGAUAAGAGAUUCUACAAGCAGCUGGGUUACUUGGUCCACUCCUUAGCUGUGUUGACCCUCCUCUAUGGCAGUGUGAAUUUAUACCGUGUGUCCUACAUCCUAUCAGCAGCUGUAAUCCUUGUUGUGGCUCACCAACUCGUGGCUCCAAGGAAACCGCCCCAGAGGGAGAGCCAGGAGGACGAAAGCCCAAGUGAAAGCCGUCCUUUCAUGGCACAGGUUGACGAGUCAGAAUCCGAUGGCACCAAUUCUGGCAGCAUUACCUCAGACAAUGAUUCUGGGCCAAGCCAGAGGAUUAUUUAAGAAGGAGAAGAAGAAGAGAAGAAGAAAAAGACAGGGGAGGGAAGGAAGAAGUAGAUGAUAGAGUGGUCAGGAGGAGUGGUCAGUAACUUGAAACAAUGGGUAAAUUUUUAUUAAUAGUCAGAUGACACAGUUACUUCGACCAUGAAUCUGGAUGCACAUGUGAAUGGAGCAUAUACAAAUGUGUUCCAAGAUUGCCAUCCUUUUCACGGGCUCUCUUAAUCCUAUAUCUUGCCCAAGAGUCUGCCUCUGGUCCUGCCUCCAUUGUCGAGGUGAUGUAAUGGUCAGUUUUAGGUUAAAAUUGGUAAAGAACCUCACCCUCACAGGCUAGUCCAAUGUGGCCAGUAUUCAAGACUGGCAUAAGACUUGUCAUAUUUGUUGAAGAAGAACAAUAAGCACCCAUGUCAUGUUCGUGAGAGCUGCAACUAGAAAUAUUUUCUUUAUCCUCAUAGAAAUUGCAUCUUAGGCAGGUAUGAUGAUGUCACAAUGUACUAGUUAAUCACUGCUCAUACUAGAAGAGUAAUAUAUGAUGUAUGCUUAGGGUUUCAUUGUUAUCAUCUCAUAUGCAUGUGAUUUCAGAUGUCCAUUCAUACUGUUGUAUAAAUCUGGAAUAGCUGUAACUGUGUGGUACCGAAUUCAUGAAAUACUUGUGCAAUUUGUGUUGGUAACGAUGACUGUCAUGACUGGAAUUCUCGUGUUACAGUUACCUCUUGGAUAUGUUUAUCCAAUUUUUAAUUUUUUUCUUUUUUUUUUUUCUUUUUUUUUAUUAUCAAGUAUUGUGAUAAGUGUUUAUACUUUUCCUUUUGUGGGCAGCUUGUGAAAAUAUUGAUCCGUGAUAAUAAUAAUAUUUUUCUUUGUUUCUUUUCCUCUCUAUGUGGAUAAUGUGCAAUGUGUCAAAAAAAAAAAAAAAAAAAAAAAAAAAAAGUCUGCCCUGGAAUCAAACCAAUUUGCAUAAAUAACCUCUGAGCAGAAAGUGUCAAAAGUGGGAUGAAUUGUUAAUUGAUCAAAUUAUAUUGAAGUAUAUCUACAAUUAGAUUGUUAUUUUUUUGAGAGAGAAAUCUUGAUAUGCGGAUGCCUGUUUUUAAGAAUAUAAUGGAAGAUUCUAAUCUCAACUUGCUUUUUAAGAUAUUAAUAACACAUACUAAUGAUGAUAUAUAAGAAUUUAUGUUUGCAAUUUACAUUCGUAUUGAUUUUAUAUGACAGUCCCAUAACAGUCGGACUUCAGUAGGCACAGACUAGAUAAUCAAAUUUUGCUGAUGGUAAAUGUCAUGAAGCUGACUUACAAAUGUUGUUAUACUGCAUUCCAAAUAAAAAUGUUAAAAAAAAAUA